UUCUAUGUUUGGCAUUCCAGUGAAGAUACUAACUAGAUCCAGUACAUGUACUCCUUAUUCCUACCACAGCCUCGUCGCCCUCCAGACUGAUAGACUGCUCCGCAGUUUCAACAGAGAAUCACUGGGCGCCCGACAGCUCCUCCUUAUCAACCCCCUGAGUCGGUGAUAAGACAACGGACUUUCCUUCUCCCGAUACAUACUGCUAGCCACAACGUCAUCUAGACGCAGCUCGAUACUCAACACCAUCUCACCCUUCUUAACUUCGGUGAUGACAGGGCCAAAGCCUGUCUGAGAGUCUGCAUUGGUCAACGGCUUCGCUGUGGUACGAGGAAUAUCCCUGCUGAUCGAGAUUUCAACCCAUAGAAUGGCUUCAGGGGAUUCGACCCAAUCCAGGGUCACGCCAUACUUGGUAUAUCUCGUGUUCAUCACCACUCUAGGACCGCUCCAAUUCGGAUACCAUUUGGCUGAACUAAAUGCACCCCAAGCGGUGAUCACUUGCCAGCAGAAGAGUAUUCACUGGGCGAAUGCGGCCUCACUUCCGCAAUGCAUCCCUAUGAAUCCUACCCAGUUCGGCCUGGUAUCAUCCAUCUACACCCUCGGUGGCCUCAUCGGAGCUCUGCUGGCAGGGCCAGUCUCCACCAAGCAUGGGCGCUUGAUCGCUCUCCGGGCUACGACCAUAUUCCACAUCUUGGGUCCUGUGGCUGAGACCUUCGCAUCCAACAUACCGGUCUUAAGUCUCGGUCGGUUUCUAUCCGGGGUUGGCUCCGGUGCUGCUAUCGUUGUCGGUCCAAUCUAUGUUUCUGAAAUAGCCCCUCCUGCCGCAAGGGGCUUCUUCGGCGCCUUCACGCAAGUCAUGACGAACGUUGGCAUCCUUCUGACCCAGACCUUGGGGUACUUUCUAAGUUACGAAAGCAUGUGGCGGAUUGUUCUCGCGGUCGCCGGCUUGAUCGGAGCUUUGCAGCUUCUCGGUCUAUUCCUAGUACCCGAGAGUCCUACCUGGCUUGCGGAGCAUCAAAAGGGCAGUUUGGCUCGGAAGGUACUCCAGCGGUUGCGCGGCAAGGAUGCUGACAUCGAAGAGGAGAUUAAGAGUUGGUCCAGCUCCUCCAUGGACGCUGCAGAUGGAUCCGGAGAAGAACAGUCUCUGCUCACACCACCCUCGCGCAACAUGCCACCAAAACAGCCACCAGUCACCAUUCUCAGGGCCGUCGUGAACCCUUACUAUCGACCCGCUAUUAUUGCCGUCGUUGGUGUUAUGGUUGCCCAGCAAUUCACCGGAAUCAACAGCAUCAUCAUGUACAGCGUCUCGCUCUUGCAGAGCAUUCUUCCCACGACUGCAGCUCUCCUGGCAGUAGCCAUCUCGGCCAUCAACUUGUUCAUCACUCUGGCCUGCUCCCCCCUACCCGACAAGAUCGGCCGCAGGAAAUGUCUUCUGCUCAGCAUCAGCGGGAUGGGGAUAAACUCCUUGCUCCUGGCUUUGGGUAUCUACACCGGCCAAAAGGCACUGUCUGCGAUUGCCGUGCUAUUGUUCGUGGCCAGCUUCGCUGUUGGUCUAGGUCCUGUGCCGUUCAUUCUGGCCUCUGAGCUGGUUGGUCCGGAGGCCGUGGGUGCUGCACAGAGCUGGGCACUUGCAGCCAAUUGGAUCGCGACCUUCAUUGUGGCGCAAUUCUUCCCAAUUCUGAACCAAGCUCUGGACCGGGGUAGGAUUUACUGGGUAUUUGCUGCCAUGGCCUGUGUUGCCGGAGCGUUUAUCCACUGGCGGGUUCCUGAAACCAAGGGGAAAGCCAGCUCCGAUGAGGUUUGGGGCAGGGAUGACCAGCGGAGAAGAGACUAGGCUGGCUUGUAACGGGAUUGUCAUGGUUGUUUCUGGGAUAUAUGUUUUGCGCUGCCAUUGAAGACGCGAUACACAUGGAAAUGGACUAAACAUGUUCGGCCGCACAGCGGAAUUAUCGAUUGUAAAUUGUCAACAGUAUCCCCUUUCCAGGUCGGUGAGCUACAAUGGCUAUACAAUCUAAAUUAAGAAACCAUUCCUAGCACGAUCGUAUCAACAAAUGAGCUCGAAC